GCUUACUUUUUCUUACAGCUUGCAGGGACAGCAGUUCUUGCAAUUGGACUAUGGCUUCGGUUUGAUUCGCAGACCAAAAGCAUCUUUGAACUGGAAUCCAACAACACUACUUUUUACACAGGAGUUUACAUUCUUAUUGGAGCUGGUGCACUUAUGAUGCUGGUUGGUUUCUUGGGAUGCUGUGGUGCAUUGCAGGAAUCUCAAUGUAUGCUUGGCCUGUUCUUCCUCUUCCUUUUCGUAAUUUUUGCCCUUGAAAUUGCUGCUGCAAUCUGGGGAUUUGCAAAUAAAGAAAAGGUUAUUGAAGAGUUAAAGGACUUCUACAUGGAAACAUAUGGAAAGAGAUCUCAAGCAGCUGCCAGAGAGACCCUGAAGGCAUUUCAGUUAGCUCUAGACUGCUGUGGUCUUACAGGCGUUCUUGAGCAGCAAUUCAUGGACACCUGUCCGAAGAAGACCAUGCUCGAGUCACUUUCUACCGUGUCAUGCCCUGCUGCCAUUGAUGAUGUCUUCAAUUCAAAAUUGAAUGUGAUUGGAGCAGUUGGCCUUGGCAUUGCUGUAAUAAUGAUUUUCGGCAUGAUAUUCAGUAUGGUUCUCUGCUGUGCUAUCCGCAAAAACAGAGAAAUGGUUUAAGAGCUCAAAACCCAAGACUGCUGCACUAUAAAAUCUUUGUCAUUAACUUUAGCGUUCUGAAAGCAUUUCUAAAAAGUUAUAUAUUUGUUACCUUUUUAAUGCUUUAUUUGGU